ACUACUACCUCCUCUUGAGCUAGAGCUAAUCAUGAUCGUUGAGGUAGAAGAUGCUGGUCAUUCAGAUGAACACUUCUAAUAGCAAAACAACUGGAGCUUCUUGAUCUUGAGCUACUUCUUCAUCUUGAUGAGCAUAAUUAUAUGAACAUGAAGGAAUGAAGAUCUACUUAUCCCUGUCAUCCGAACCUGUGCAUGGAUCCAGAUGAAGAAGCAGAUCAUCGUCAUAGUAGUCUACAACUAAGAACGAGGACGGCGAACAAUAGGACAAUGACAACUGCUCCUGCACGACGACCUAGUACUCUUACUCUAUCUCGUAAAAAUCAUUGUCCAAGGAGUGGACGUUUUUCAACAUGCACUAGCUUCCUUGCAGGAGGAGCUGUAGCCGCAGUUGGUCUGGCAACUACUCACUACCAUUUCCCGAUGGUAUUGGGACCGCCGUUUGACGAUGGCGAAGUCCGCUUGAGACCAGGAAUCGACUACACAGUGCGUGAGGCAGAGAUUUCACUACCAUGGGUGAGGCCGGAUCAUCUUUUUCCGCCACUUCUACAGGACGAGAAUGAGAACCACGAGCAGCACCUCCAAACAGCGGAUUUUUACGAGGAGAUGUCAGCAGAGGAAUCGUUGCAAGUAGCUGCGACGACGAAGCAGGUGCAGGAUGAUGCGCAGCCAAUGUACUUUUUUCUUUGAAGUGUACGCUACGGUCGUUUUGAAUUUCAUUUCUUCAUUUAGAUGAUGUUUUAUGCAAUUAAGUAUUCCUUUACAGAUUAAUAUACUUAACCAACUCCAACUCGACUUUACAGGCUCGACCUUCCGACACCGUCAACAUCGACUGCAGCCACCACCUUUGACGCAACUAGCACAGAAGACGACUUGCAAAGUAGCACUUCUUCUGGCACUAGCACGUCCUCGAAUACAAAUACUCCCAAGCCACCGCGUCGUGUUGCGCGUCCUAGCAGCGUCAUCCUUAUGGCACUGGUUCAAGCUGCUUUCAUCAUCUGCUUUAUCUCCAGGAUUAUCAGCAUGCUGCGCAAGUGGAACGCAAAUCGGGCUAGACGUGCUGCGAGCCGUCGCAUAGCAACUGCUUCGUCUCCUGUAGAUAUACGUCAGUUUCGGCCUCAGCACGUAGCUGAUGCGCUAAAGAAGCUUGAGGAAGAGGACAAAAGACAGCACGAUCCAGUACCCCAAGGUCGUGAAGUAGAAGUAGUACAACUAAAACAAGAAAGUCAUGUUCAUGAUGAUCAUGAUGUUGAAACGGAUGGUGUUGGUGGUCUUCAUGAAGAUCUUCUACAACAUGUACAACUCGAGGAUGACACUUCUAGUUCACACGAUGAUGACGAGCUAUUAUCAAGGUCUGAUCUAGUAUCUGACUCUGAUGAAGAGGAGACGUGUCGUCCUGUAGAACGAAAUGCGUGUAGUAGUACUACAUCAACAUCGACAUCAAGAAAUUACUCCUGCGCUCCUUCAUCUACAACAUCUUCUUCGACCUCCAUGAACAAGGCUAUGAAGAUGAAGCUUCGCCUACCCCAAGCGUGGCAUGCGCAGACUCGUUGGCGGGAUGGGAAGCUUGUUCCACGAUUGCUGGAUGAUGCAGAUUCAGUGUCUACAACAGCUUCUUGUUCGCGUGGACCCUCUCCAGCAAGCCAGAGCUCGUCGUAUAGCGAUCUUGGGGCGGAGGUGGAGGAGGAGAGGACUUCUCUCAGUUCAUCUACAGAGGUACUUGUUGGAGGACGAGAAGGUGGACGUAGCAGGGUGUACCUGCUUACAACUGCAUAG